AUGGCCAAGCACGAUAUUACUACUGGUAAUGAAAAUAUUGAUAACAAUUAUCUUGUUAGUAAUAAUAUUGGUUCAACAUGUGAUAUAUCAGCGACGUCUGGUUUCUUUUACGGUCAUUAUAUGAGAAAAUUACUGAAAUGUAAUGAUUCUGAUAGGAUUUUGUUGAAAUCAUUACGUCAAAUAGCUAUAAAUAUUGUCCGUUUAAUAAACGAUUUCACAGUCGGUGUUCAUCAUCAUAAAACUAAGAAAACACCGUUACCUUUAAGAGAAAAUCGUUUUGUCCUUGUAAUUGAUCCGCCAAGUUAUGAUUUUGCUAAAUUUUCUGCCUGUCCUGCACAUUUUGGUUUAUUCCCUGGAGAAGAAUUAAUGCAAGGAAAAGGUGAACAACAACAGAAGGAGCAUGGACCAAGGAUUCGAACACAUUUGAAAGUCAAGCAAAAGAACGACAGUCAUAAUUUUCAUCGUCGUCAUUGGAAACAUAUUGUGGGUCCUGUUCGCGUUGUCUAUCCAAUAGAUGUAUGCCAACCUAUUAUGCAGGUUAUAUAA